GCUGCAAGCAAAACCCCCCAAAUCCCCGAAUUCAAUUCAAAGAGAAUUUCCGCAAUCCCAAACUCGCCGCCGCCGCCCUCAUCGCCGCCGCGGGUACGUGCUCGUGUAUGUCCGCCUCCUCCUCCGCCCCUCCCCGGCUCUCCGUUCCUCCGCCAAGCCUCACGAGUCGCCGACCCUCCCUCCGCAGGCCCGAGAAAUUAACCCCCACGCCCUACCCGCCAAACCCCUAGCUACCACCCGCUUGCUUCCAUCGACGAAUUUUUAUCAUCUUCAAUCGCGUAGAGCAGCGCUCUUACCAAUACCAACCACCGGCCCGCCCUUCUGUUUUUUUGCUGCAGGAACAACAGAUUUUCAUGCGGAGAUGAUCUCGUCCUGCCCCAUCUGCGACAAGCAAGUUCUCACGGCCGAACUGGAAUGGCAUGCAAAUAGCCACUUCGAGGACGAUGAAGCUCAGAGGGACAUGGAGUUGGCGCAGCUAGCUGCCGUCACGGAAUUGAGUACUAGUGUCACGGAUGUUCCUCAACAUAGUAUGCGAUCAUUCUCCAAUGAUUCUUUUACUCAAGGGGCCUCAUCAAGCACCAUCAGAGGCUCAUCUCCUUACGGAAAUGUACUGGAUGAGCAGAUUUCUUGCUUGAUUGGAGCACAGAUUAGAAGCACCGUUCAAAAAAUCGAAGGUGGCGUUAUGAACUUGUUAAGGAGCUGCCUUGAAUCUGAAGGUGGUUCCUCAACAAGUAUAAUAUCAGGCUAUGUUGAGCAUCAUCAGAGUCUUUCAUCAGAGGACAAGGGAUGGGGGUGUGGAUGGAGAAAUAUCCAGAUGCUGAGCUCUCAUUUGUUGAAGCAAAGGCCAGAAGCAAGAGAGGUUUUGUUUGGCGGCCAUGGAUUUGUUCCUGACAUCCCUUCACUUCAGAGAUGGCUUGAGAUCGCUUGGGAUAAAGGUUUUGAUACUGUUGGUUCAAGCCACUUCCAUAACAAAGUUUAUGGUGCCAAGACGUGGAUAGGAACUACAGAAUGUGUUACCCUCUUGUGCUCGUUUGGUCUGCGGGCAAGGAUUGUAGAUUUUGAUAGCACAGAAUCAUCGGGCCAGCAAACUAAGAGCGGAAAGCGAGUAUGCGGGCCCAUGGAUAAAUAUUUGGUCAAGACUAAUUCGUCUUGUGAACUUAGUCAAGAGGAUGCUGAAAACAUGAGAGGCCAGCAGGUCCUUGUCGACUGGGUGUGGAACUACUUUACAAGCAAGCGUUCUGAUAUAUUGCACAAUUCAAAGAAUGUCACUAUUAGUGAUAAAACCCCAUUGUAUUUCCAACAUCAAGGUCAUUCAAGGACUAUAGUUGGGAUUCAAAGGCAAAAGGGUUAUCGUGGAUCUCAAGACCAAUAUAACCUUUUGGUUUUAGACCCUGGACAUAGAACAGCUGAUUUAGAGAGGUCUCUUACAAUUAAAAAAGGGUGGCAGAGGCUGGUGAAAAGAGGUGUCCACACCCUCAGGAAGCCACAGUAUCAGUUGUGCUAUGUGGAUCCUGGAAUUGCUAGUUUAGAAGAAAUGGAGCAGCUCAAGACUAUUGACAGUAUCCUGAUCAGGUUCUAGAACAUUAGUAACUUCAACCGUAGGUGGAUCGAAAUCGAUGAUCUACUUGAUACAAAGUUUUCACUGAUGAGUUAUGGAAUUGGCUAAUGGACAUUGGGGAAGUAUCGGUGGCUUCUUGCCUUGGUGUGUCCUUGCUCGAAGACAUUGGCUUGACACUCCUGAUGCUACUGUGGCCACCUCCCUGGUGCCCACAUGGACACCCUAGCCCUCCUCUUGAUUCGGUUGUUUUGGAAAAGCACGAACAGGAAAGGUAUCUAACUCUCCUCCAGGCAGAUUGUUCAGCUGGCCCUCGAUCAUCUUGAUCUUUGGGGCAGUGUAUAGGGUCCCUCGGUGCUUCUAUAAGAGCCCUGUUUAAACAUGGCAUGCCACAAUUCACGCAAGAUUAGAGUGGCCAUUUGGUCUUUCCCUCGCUCCCAUCCCCUGAUGUAUCUCUAACCCAGUUUCUGGGAUGUAAUAGUGACAACGUCUUGCUUUGAUGUUACACAUAUGAAUACUCUAGGUGGUGUCAUUGCUUCCUCCAAAAAUGAUGUAUUUACACAUCCAUUGAUAUCAGUGAGGCUGCCAGUCUAAGGGAUUUUUGUGUAUGAAUUGAACUGGGUUAGAUGUUACAUGUAACUUUUAUUACUGCC